AUGACAAAGUAUUGGAUGAUGCCUUCUCGGAUGAAGGAAAAGGAACAAUUGAAGAAGAAGCCACCAAUGAAUGGCAACUGUACUUUGAUGGGGAAUCCAAUCAAAAGGGAUGUGGUGCGGGAAUACUUUUGUAGUAGUGGUGGUGGUAGCAAAAGUGGUGGUGGUGGUCAUGGUGGCAACGCAGGUGGGGGCAGAGGUGGUGGUUGUGGUUGUGGUGGAGAUGGUGGUGGUGUGGAUGUGAUGGGAGGUAGUGGUGAUGGGGGUUGUAGAGGUUUUUAUGGUGGCGACUUUGGCAAUGCAAGUGGUGGUGCUAUUAAUGAGGGUGGUGGCAAUGGAAGUGGUGGUGGUGGUGGUGGCAGUGGAGGUGGAGGCAUAGGUGGUGUGGAGGUGAUGGCAGCGGUAGUGGUGGUGGGAGUCAUGGUGGUGGCUAUGGUGAUGGAAAUUGUGGUAGUAGUGGUGGCAGAGGUAGUGGUGGCGGUGGUGGUGGUUGUGAUUGUGGUGGCGAUGGCAGUAUAG